AUGAUCAUUAUUUAUAAAUCCCAGAAAUCUUGGAUUGAAGGUGCCUUCAGUAAAAGAGAAUGUGCAAAAAUUGUACCCAGCUCAAAAGAUUCUCACAGAGGUUCUGCAGGAUGUCAAGUAUGCCAGAAUCUAAUUCGAUGUUAUUGUGGUCGGCUAAUUGGUGACCACCACGGAAUAGAUUAUGGUUAUCCUGUGUUUCAGUCCGAAAAAGAAAAAUAUAAUGUGGAAUGGUCUGUUGAAAAAGAUACAAAGAUGAGUCCAACUGAUGCAUUUGGUACAAUCAAUUUUCAAGACAGUGAUCACACUUACCAUGCUAAGUAUAUCAGAACCUCUUAUGACAUAAAGCUAGAUCAGCUAUUGCAGCUCAUGAUUAAAGAAUGGCGGAUGGAAUUUCCCAGAUUGGUCAUUUCGGUUCAUGGUGGGAUCCAAAACUUCAAACUUCCAUCUAAAGUGGUACAACUUUUCAGCAAAGGACUGGUCAAAGCUGCUGAAACUACGGGUGCUUGGAUAUUAACAGAAGGCAUUAACACUGGAAUAUCUAAACAUGUGGGAAAUGCAUUGAAAUUCCAUGCCUCUCAAUAUUUAAGAAAGGUCUGUGCUAUUGGAAUUUCCCCUUGGGGCAUCAUUGAAAAUCAGAAAGAACUUAUUGGCAAAGAUGUAGUCUGCCUGUAUCAGACACUUGGCAAUCCCCUUAGCAAACUGAGCACCCUCAACAGCAUGCAUUCCCAUUUCAUACUGGUUGAUGAUGGCACAAUGGGCAAGUAUGGCAGUGAGAUGAAACUCAGGAGAAGUCUGGAAAAGUAUCUAUCACUUCAAAAAAUACAUACCCGAAUGGGACAAGGUGUACCCUUAGUUGGUCUACUGGUAGAAGGCGGUCCCAAUGAAAUCCUGACAGUCUGGGAAUAUGUCAGGGAUACACCUGCUGUUCCGGUAGUAAUAUGUGAAGGAACCGGAAGAGCAGCUGACUUGCUUGCAUUUACCUAUAAACACACCACAGAUGACACAAAUUGGAACGCUCAACUUAAGGAAAAGAUAUUAUUAAAGAUUCAGAACAGCUUCAGUUUUGGGCAAAAGCAGUCCCAUCAUUUGUUGAAAAUUUUAAUGGAAUGUAUGGAACAUAGGGAUUCUAUAACAAUAUUUGAUGCUGAAUCAGAGGAGCAUCAGGACAUGGAUCUCGCAAUCCUGACUGCACUCUUGAAAGGCACACAUAUAUCUGCUCCAGAUCAGCUCAAUCUGGCUCUGGCUUGGAACAGAUUGGACAUUGCUAAAAAGCAUAUAUUGGUUUAUGGGCAACACUGGAAGGUUGGCUCCCUUGAACAAGCAAUGCAGGAUGCCCUCAUAAUGGAUCGGGUAGAAUUUGUGAAAUUGCUAAUAGAACAUGGUGUGAAUCUACACCGGUUCCUUACAAUAUCACGGCUGGAAGAGCUUUACAAUACUAAACAAGGGCCAACAAAUCUACUUUUGUAUCAUCUUCUUUGUGACGUGAAACAGAGUACUUUUCCAGUGGACUAUAAAAUAUCAUUGAUUGAUAUUGGAUUGGUUAUAGAAUACUUGAUUGGUGGAGCUUAUCAGAGCAGCUACACAAGAAAACAUUUUAGAAUUUUAUGCAAUAAUAUUUACAGGAAACAUAAGAACGUCUCACUUCAUCAGGUUAAUCAGACUGGGAGUCGAAGUGGAACUGCUGAAAAUACUUUGCAUUCCCAGUUUAUCAGAACAGCUCAGCCAUACAAAUACAAAGAAAAAUCAACAAAUCUCCAUAAAUCCAAGAAGAAGGUCAAAGAUGAAUUCACAGUAUUUGAUGACCAAGAGUCAGUUGGUUUUAUUUACCCCUACAAUGAUCUCUUGGUUUGGGCAGUUUUGAUGAAAAGGCAGAAGAUGGCUAUGUUCUUUUGGCAGCAUGGAAAGGAAGCAAUGGUCAAGGCUGUGGUAGCUUGCAAACUCUAUAGAGCCAUGGCACGGGAAGCCAAACAAUGCAACAUGGAGGAUGAUACAGCAGAGGAACUGAAGAAAUAUUCAAAUGAGUUUGGGCAGCUUGCUCUAGAUGUGUUAGAUAAUGCAUUCAAACAAAAUGAGCAGAUGGCCAUGAAGCUGUUGACAUAUGAGCUGAAGAACUGGAGUAACUCAACAUGUCUGAAACUGGCUGUGUCAGUGGGUUUGAGACCUUUUGUGUCUCACACAUGCACCCAGAUGCUGUUGACUGAUAUGUGGAUGGGGCGUCUGAAAAUGAGAAAGAAUUCCUGGUGUAAGGUGAUUCUAAGUAUUCUUCUACCUCCCACCAUUUUGAUGCUGGACUUUAAAAGCAAGGCAGAAAUGUCCCACGUGCCUCAGUCGCAGGAGCCCCAUCAGUUCACGUGGUACCAUGGUGAUCCCAACACCCACAGUGGAAAAGAUAACUUAUCAUUGAACAAUUAUGAUUUUGAGAAAGAGGUUGAGAAGCAAGCUGAAAAACCAACGUUCCCUAAUAACAAUGAACAACAAAGCCUUCUUGGAACAAGGAAAGUCUAUGAAUUCUACAACGCCCCCAUUGUCAAGUUCUGGUUCCAUACGAUGGCAUAUAUAGCCUUUCUCAUGCUGUUUACUUACACAAUCCUGGUGAAGAUGAAACCAACCCCCAGUGCUCAGGAAUGGCUUGUGAUCACCUACAUUUUUACUACCUCCAUUGAGAAAGCCAGAGAAAUUUUUAUUUCAGAGCCAAGCAAGUUCAUCCAAAAGGUGAAAGUAUGGAUUUAUGAAUACUGGAAUUUUACAGACUUUAUUGCUAUCAUCCUGUUCAUGACCGGAUUUGGUUUGCGCUGGGCUAAUCCUCCACUUCAAACAGUAGGAAGAUUAAUUUAUUGUUUGGAUAUAAUAUUCUGGUAUGCUCGACUUCUUGAUUUUUUUGCCGUGAAUCAGCAUGCUGGCCCCUAUCUGACAAUGAUAGGCAAAAUGACAGCAAACAUGUUCUAUAUUGUAAUUAUGAUGGCCAUAGUACUAUUAAGCUUUGGUGUUGCACGAAAAGCAAUACUUUCUCCAAAUGAGCAGCCAUCAUGGACUCUUGCACGAGAUAUUGUAUUUCAGCCAUAUUGGAUGAUAUUUGGUGAGGUGUAUGCAGGAGAAAUUGAUGCUUGUGAAUUAGAUAAAAACUGUCCUCCAGGUUCAUUUCUCACCCCAUUUCUUCAAGCAGUGUACCUCUUUGUACAAUACAUCAUUAUGGUCAAUCUCCUUAUUGCUUUCUUCAAUAAUGUUUAUUUUGAUAUGAAGUCUAUGUCAAACAAACUCUGGAAAUAUAACCGUUACCGCUAUAUCAUGACAUACCAUGAAAAGCCAUGGCUGCCUCCACCUUUCAUCAUACUGAGCCAUAUUGGCCUUGUGCUAAAUUGCCUUUGCAACCGCCGGCUCCCAAGUCAACUGGAUCAAGAGGAGAAGGAGCAUGUUGAACUCAAACUGUACCUGAGUGAUGAGGAAUUAAAAAAGCUUCAUGAUUUUGAAGAACAGUGUGUGGAACAGUAUCUACACGAAAAGAAGGAAAGCUUUCAUUUCAGCGAUAGUGAACAGAUCCGUGUUACAAAUGAAAGAGUUGAAGAAAUGUUUUCACAGCUGAAGGAAAUUCACGACAAAGUAAUUUAUAUCAAAGAUUCUUUGCUUGCCUUGGACAGCCAACUGGGACACUUACAGGACCUCUCAGUGUUAACAGUUGAUACUCUCAAAGUCAUUUCAGCUGUGGAUACUUUGCAAGAAGGUGAAGUCUUCCUCUCUGAACAGAAGCACCAGACCUGUAGGAAGCUUCCGCAUAGUUGGAGCAACACUCUAUGUUCAAAGGCUUUGAGUUGUAUGGAAAGUGAAAACAUCAAGUACAAUUACUACAGCAUGCCACCUUCUCUUCAGAGGAACCUAGCCAGAAGCCAUUGGUCAUUAGGAGGUGACCAUCCCAUUCUGGAUGGCCUAAACUAUGGUGAAAUCCAAUUAGUCAAGAAAGAGCAAGAACAGGAAGUUGAAAAUGGCCUUCUGACCUCGGAGUUAUCUUCAGGGAAUAAAUCAGGCUCUCGAUAUGGACAGUUUCUUCUUGUGCCUCCAGAUCAGAAAGGAGCUUCUGAAGAUGCUGGUUUAAGUUUGGCCCUUUCAACUACUCUGAAUGAGCUUAAGGAUGAGGACUUAAAAGAUGAAAUAAAGCAGAAUGACACUGUCCCUCAAUGCCAUGUAUGCAGUGCCAAUGAUGUGGCAAAAACAAUGCCGGUUAUCAGCCAAAUGCAGGAGCUGAACAUUUCCCUGGCUAAGAAAGAAAGCGAAACUACUGCCGAACACCAUUUGUCCAUCCACGCGGUUAAUAGCAUCAGCGAGAUCUCUCAAUCUGCUCCUUAUCACUGUGAAGGACCAGGAAAAGGUUAUGUAAAUUGGGGCUUCCUGGAAGACAAUGAGAAGAGAGAUGAUGGCAAUUGGUCAAGACAGAGAGCAUGUCAACAAUCGCUCUAUGACAAAGAAGAUGGCCGUUGCAGUCCUCCACACAUGCAGAUCAAGGAAUCCAAAUCUUUCUCUUACAGUUCGGAUGUAUCAGAGUACAGUAGUGACAACUCACAGUCUCGCUUGACUUUCCAGCGCAGCAUGUCAGUCUGGAUCAACCCUUUGAAGAGAAAUUGGCCUUUCUGCAAAGGGAGCAGCUUUUGUGCCCAUGGUGCUGAGAAAACAGCAAAAACCUGCAAAAUAAAAGAUGAUUCCAUGGUGUUGCAAGCUAUUAAUGCUAAAAAAGGCAUACCUAAAAAAGUCUCAAAAUCUACUCAGCUCUAUCAGUCAGUAUGGGCCAAGGCAAAAUUUGGAAACAAAGAAAGGAGGUCUUCAAGGAAAAAGCGAAAAACUCUCCAAGUUCCAUUGAUUACAGUAGAUAGUUGCCCUCAGAGCAUCCAAGUGAAUUUCGAACCGCUUCACAGUAAACCUGCCGAAGAUGAAGAGGAACGCAGGGCCAAAUGGCUGACUGUGUCUCACUUCAAGCAACUAAGUUUAGAUCAUAUCAGUUGUAUGCAUCAGGAAAUGAAAAAUCAAGAACUGGUGAGGCAGACAGUGCAAAUCUGUGACUACUUGAGACAAUCGCAAGAGGUUUAUAUCACUAUUUUGGAAGCUACUUCUCAUGAUUUAUCUAGGAUACAAGAUAUCUCACUCUCUUUAAAAACCCCUCAAGAUUUGCACCAUCAUUACUCAGCUGUUGAAAGAAACAAUUUAAUGAGACUGGCUCAAACAAUCCCUUUCACACCAGUGCAGUUUUUUGCUGGAGAAGAAGUAACGAUUUAUAGACUGGAAGAAAGUUCACCUUCGAGCCUUGAUAAAAGCAUGUCCUCUUGGUCACAGCACGGCAUGGCUGCCAUGAUUCAAGUUUUGUCUCAAGAGGAAAUGGAUGGAGGAUUGAGGAGAGCCAUGAAAGCUGUCUGCACCUGGUCUGAAAAUAAUGUGCUCAAGUUAGGUGAAGUUUUCAUUGUAAAAUCUUUCCUUCCGGAAGUUGUUCGGACUUGGCAGAAGAUCUUCCAUGAAAGCACAGUCCUCCAUCUAUGUCUCAGAGAAAUACAGCAGCAAAGGGCAGCUCAGAAAUUGAUAUAUACCUUCAAUCAAAUGAAGCCCCAUAGCAUUCCAUACACCCCCAGAUUCCUUGAAGUCUUUUUAAUAUAUUGCCAUUCAGCCAAUCAGUGGCUGACAAUAGAGAAAUACAUGACAGGAGAAUUCCGCAAGUACAAUAACAAUAAUGGGGAUGAAAUCACACCUAGCAAUUUGCUGGAAGAAGUUAUGCUGGCUUUUUCUCACUGGAGUUAUGAAUAUACCCGAGGAGAACUUCUUGUAUUAGAUUUGCAAGGUGUUGGAGAAAGCCUCACUGAUCCAUCUGUUAUUAAACCUGAAGACAAACAGUCUAGAGGGAUGACCUUUGGACCGGCAAACCUUGGAGAAGAAGCCUUCAAAAAUUUCAUUUCAAAGCACUGCUGCAAUUCUUGUUGCAAGAAACUCAAACUUCCUGAUUUGAAAAGAAAUGAUUAUGCAUCUGGGAGGGUCAAUCCAGCUUUUGAAAUUGAAACUGAAAUACCAAUGGCAGCAGAAGAUGAGAAUGCAAACAAUAGGGACGAUGAACCACUGGAAUAUUAUACUCGGCUGUGA